UGUCCAACUGCCUGAGAAAAGCCAUUUUGUUGUGCUAGCUAGCUAUAUGCUAAAGAAAGCCACCAAAAUAUUAAUCUGUUAUAACAACGCUACAUAUGUCACGUAUAGGUUUUUGUUGCUGCCGCUGAACACAUACAUUGAAUUCGUUUUAAACUGGAAAUAGUCCAGACUGGCAUGGUCAAGCCUAAUAAGCCAAAGUGUUUUGGAGAAGACGAAAACUGAGCUAAAGUGUGUUAUCAUACUGUUAGCUUGUUUAUGUGCACACCGCAGUUAUGUUUUGUGGUUAAUUGAGCUCACGUUAGUCAGUGCAUGUUUGAAUGUGUUUCAAGUAGACUGUGGCUGUUUGAGUCGUCAACAAAUAUAGUUUUGCCUUACGAAGGGACUAUUUUGUUUCUGUAUAAUAAACAGCGGUGACAGCAAGACCUAGCAGUAACUUAGCGAAAUACGGACUAUACAUCGUUAAGCCAAAGUGCUAAUCUGAUAAUGGCAGAGGACACCCGACAGGAGAAGAGGGCCAGCUUCUCUUCUCUAUCGGAGCACAACACCAACGGGCUGGCCAGAACGUCAGCUGUGGCCUCCGGCAAAAGUGGCGCUUCAAAGAAGUUAGUGAUCAAAAAUUUCAAAGACAGGCCAAAACUAGCAGAGAAUUACACUGAAGACACAUGGCUGAAGCUACGGGAUGCAGUGGGAGCCAUUCAGAACAGCACAUCUAUAAAGUACAACCUGGAAGAACUCUAUCAGGCGGUGGAGAAUCUGUGUUCUUAUAAAGUUUCCCCUACUCUGUACAAGCAGCUACGACAGGUCUGUGAAGAUCACGUGCAAGCUCAGAUCCACCAGUUCAGAGAAGAGUCUUUGGACAACCUUUCCUUCCUGAAGCGAAUGAAUCGCUGCUGGCAAGACAACUGCAGGCAAACCAUAAUGAUCCGAAGUAUCUUCCUCUUUCUGGAUCGUACAUACGUGCUUCAGAACUCCCUUCUUCCCUCCAUAUGGGACACUGGGUUGGAACUGUUCCGCACCCACAUUGUGAGUGACAGUGCAGUGCAGAAGCGCACUGUAGAUGGCAUUUUGGAGCAGAUAGAGCUGGAGCGGAAUGGGGAGACUGUGGAUCGCAGUCUGCUCAGGAGCCUGUUGGGCAUGCUGUCAGACCUGCAGGUUUACAAAGAUUCCUUUGAGGAGAGAUUUUUGAUCGAGACCAAUCGUCUGUACGCAGCAGAAGGACAGAGGCUAAUGCAGGAGAGAGAUGUGCCUGAGUAUCUCCAUCAUGUGGCUCGACGGUUGGACGAGGAGAAUGAUCGCAUUAUGAGCUAUCUCGACCAGAGCACUCAGAAACCACUUAUUAGCUGUGUUGAGAAACAACUUCUAGGAGAACAUAUGACUGCAGUGCUACAAAAGGGUUUGAGCAUCCUGCUGGAUGGGAACCGUGUGACUGAGUUAGCCCUCCUCUACCAGCUCUUCAGUAAAGUGAAGGGAGGACUUCCCACACUGCUGCAGUUCUGGAGGGAUUACAUCAAGAGCUUUGGUGGAGAGAUUGUAUGUACUCCAGAGAAAGACAAGGACAUGGUGCAAGACCUGCUGGACUUCAAGGACAAGAUGGACAACGUCACACAGUGUUGCUUCACACGGAAUGAGGGAUUCAUUAAUGCCAUGAAGGAGGCCUUUGAGACUUUUAUCAACAGAAGGCCCAAUAAACCGGCUGAGCUUAUUGCUAAAUAUGUGGAUUCUAAAUUAAGAGCAGGGAACAAGGAGGCUACAGAGGAGGAGCUCGAGAGAAUCCUGGACAAGAUUAUGAUAAUCUUCCGUUUCAUACAUGGAAAAGAUGUCUUUGAAGCUUUUUAUAAGAAAGAUUUGGCAAAGCGUCUGCUAGUUGGAAAGAGUGCCUCUGUUGAUGCUGAGAAGUCCAUGCUCUCCAAGCUCAAACAUGAAUGUGGAGCAGCAUUUACCAGUAAGCUCGAGGGAAUGUUCAAGGACAUGGAACUGUCCAAAGACAUCAUGAUCCAGUUCAAACAGUAUAUCCAGAACCAGAGUGAACCAAGCAACAUAGAACUUACAGUCAACAUCCUCACUAUGGGAUACUGGCCUUCAUACAUACCCAUGGAGGUUCACCUGCCCUCAGAGAUGGUAAAACUCCAGGAGGUGUUUAAGGUGUUCUAUCUGGGCAAGCACAGUGGACGGAAGCUACAGUGGCAGCCAACAUUGGGCCACGCUGUAUUAAAAUCCGAGUUUAAAGAGGGUAAGAAGGAGCUGCAGGUCUCGCUGUUCCAGACACUGGUUCUGCUGAUGUUUAAUGAGGGAGAAGAAUUCAGCAUGGAGGAGAUUCGCACGGCCACCGGCAUAGAGGAAGGAGAGCUCAGACGUACACUGCAGUCGCUGGCCUGUGGAAAAGCACGUGUCCUCAACAAGAACCCUCGAGGGAAAGAUGUGGAGGAUGGAGACCGCUUCAAUUUAAACAACGAUUUUAAACACAAACUGUUCCGCAUCAAGAUCAACCAGAUACAAAUGAAGGAAACGGUGGAGGAGCAGGUAAGCACCACAGAGCGCGUGUUUCAAGACAGGCAGUACCAGAUUGAUGCAGCUGUGGUGCGCAUUAUGAAGAUGAGGAAAACCCUCAGUCACAACCUCCUCGUAUCAGAGAUCUACAACCAGCUGAAGUUCCCCGUCAAGCCGGGUGAUCUUAAAAAGCGUAUCGAGUCGCUCAUUGACAGAGACUACAUGGAGCGUGACAAGGAGACACCAAACCAGUACCACUAUGUUGCCUGAGGGGUUUUUACAGUCACAGCAGGUGACAGCGUUACAGCCCCUCAUCCACCCAUCCUCUAGUGCCCAUUGUUUCCCUCCAUCUACAAUCCUGGACUCAGUGAGAGGAGAGACUCUCUACAACACUGUUCCCACCCUGUGAUAUCU